AUGGGCUUGAGUUUCACCAGCCUAAUCACCUUGCUGUUUAGUUUGUACCUAUGUCAUUCUAUGUAUCAUUUUUAUUUAUUAUUUACCCCCGAAACAUGUGCAGACAAGACCAAGAAUUGUAAAUUGCCAUUCUUUGAACCUUCCGAUGAUGGCAAGUUCCCACUCCUUCAGCUCAGGGUGUACACAAGCGCUUCUCAUGACCGAUUAGGUUCAUUAGUUUUGAAGAACGACGAAUUCCAACUGGCAGACUCUAGCCAAUUUAAAGUAAAUAUUACUCUUCCUGGGUCGACUAGAAACAAUGGAUCUCUUUACGUCUUUUCAUUCCUUUUACCCCAGAGUUACAAUGGGGAAAACCCUCAAUCAGCUCAAUGGUCUGUUCUUCAACAAAGCAAAAUUACAACUUACCGAGUCCGGGAAGCUGAGACUUUCAAAUUAAUAAGUGAUGAUUCGACAGAAACGAAUGUUACCACAAAGAAGAACCUCUUAGCUGAGAAACCCGUUUCCUUUCUCAGGACCGUGGUUCCUUUAACAGGGUGUUCAGAUGCUCCUUACUUGGCUGCUGAUAAAAUCCCAGGGGAAAUUAGAUAUUUGAUGAAUGCUCACGGUAAAGGAUCAAAAGCCAAGUAUUUACCAAUUUUCUAUUUGGAUAGCCUCAGUUUUAGAAACAAAGAUUUAGCUGAGAUCAAACGCGACAUGAAGACAACUGAAGUAACUAUUGACUAUCGACCAAGUUCCAUGGGAAAGUUAAGACUAUUAGUGGCUAUUCUCGAAUCCAUGGAACAACUGAAGCGCAUGGGUUUCUUAGAGAAAGAUAUCGAUGAUAUGAAAUCAGUUUUCGUCGACACCAAUCCAUACCUCUUAGCAUUGACGUUUGUUGUUGCAACAGUUCACCUGCUUUUUGACUGUCUUUCUUUCAAAAAUGAUAUUUCCUUCUGGAAACAACGUAAAACAAUGGUUGGCUUAUCCACAAAGGCCGUUUUAUGGAGCAGCUUUUAUCAUACAGUAAUUUUCCUCUACCUGCUGGAUCAGGAUACAAGCUUAUUGGUUUUGGCUCCUUCUGGAGUGUCUGUUUUAAUUGAAUACUGGAAAGUGAAAAAAGCAUUGAAGAUAUCCUUCUCGUUUUCCGGAGGAUUACAAUUUGGUUCACAAUCUGUUGCGGAGAAGGAGACAGAACAGUUUGAUGCACAAGCUAUGCGAUAUCUUUCAUAUGUCAUGAUUCCAUUGUGUUUUGGAGGAGCCGUUUACAAUUUGAUCUAUACCCCUCACAAAUCUUGGUACAGUUGGGUUGUUCAAAGUAUGGCUAAUGGAGUGUAUGCUUUUGGCUUCUUGUUCAUGUUGCCUCAGUUGUUCGUGAACUACAAACUGAAAAGUGUUGCUCAUUUACCGUGGAGAGCUUUCAUGUACAAGGCUUUUAAUACUUUCAUCGACGAUAUUUUCGCUUUUAUAAUAACUAUGCCAACAUCUCAUAGAGUUGCUUGUUUCCGGGAUGAUUUGGUUUUCCUUGUUUAUUUGUAUCAGAGAUACUUGUAUCCAGUUGAUAAGUCCCGAGUUAAUGAAUUCGGAGAGACUGGAGAAGAGGCAACUGAAAAAGACAAAACGGAGUAG